AGACAGGUACCUACGUUCUAAAUCACUAUAAGGUAUACUAGAAUUACAAGAAUUUAUGGUGAAAUCACAUUUUAUAUAUAAAGUAUAUUAAUAUUGUAUGCAUUGUUAUUUAGAUAUAGACUAUAGAUAUACCUACUUGAAUACGACUGCGGCAGAGAUCUCUUGUUUUAUUUAUUGGUAUAUCGUCCAUGUAUAGUGCAACGUAACGUUUACUAAUAUUCAAAGCGCUGCGAUUAGUAAACAAACAACACACACUUCAGCGCCACCCACACGGUAUAAUAGGUAUGGCUAUGGACGCUAUCAACGAUUGUGUAAAGAAUUAUCUAUCCCAAAGAGGUGUAAAAAGCUAUAGCGGAUGGACGAUCUGCGCUGGGUCCGCAACGGUGGCGGGUCGUGGUGUCGUGGCUACCCGGGACUACAACGCGGGUGACGUGAUAUUCGUGGACGUGCCGCUGAUCGUUUCGCCGAGAACGAUAAGCCCGGAUUGCACAGGAAGUCCGGUAUGUCCAGUGUGUUAUGCGGUAGUAACGAAGCCGACCGGAUGUCCUGGUGGUUGCCAAUGGCCGGUGUGUGGGAGUAAGUGUGCUAACCGACCCGAACACCGAGACGAGUGCCGGUACAUUCGCCAGCUGCACCCGAAAACCAAGAGCGAUGGACAGACGUGGUCGGUAGGCAUUUACAAUGCAAUAACAGCCGUCCGGGGCUUGUCGAUCAAACACGGCGAGUAUGAGUACUUCCUGGACGUAUUGCAAAAGAAAUUGACAGAAAAAUUCACGUUCGAGGUAGAAGAAUUGAAAAGAAACAUAAGUAUGGAAUUACACAAGGAGGAUGAACAAAUAAUGAUAACUACUUGUAAAAUAAUGGAUGCUAAUUGUUUUGAAACAAUUUUAAACCGUGAAAAUAAAUUAAUAAGUUUAAAAGGCCUGUAUCCUGUAGCAUCAUUUAUGAACCAUUGCUGUGUUCCUAACACAAUGCACAAUUUUGAUGAAAAACUUCAAAUGAUUGUAAAAGCUUCCUUACCGAUAUAUAAAGGACAGGAAAUUACUACAAGUUACACAAAUUUAAUUUGGCCAACUUCAUUACGACAUCAUCAUUUGUUAACUUCAAAACAAUUUAUUUGCACCUGUAGUCGAUGUUGUGACACAGAAGAAUUUGGAGCUGAGUUAGCAUCGCUGAAUUGCAUAGUUAAAAAUUGUGAUGGUCGCAUUUUACCAAUAAAUCCAUUAAAUAAAAUGUCGUUUUGGCAAUGCAAGAUUUGCACAAAAUUAGUAACAAGCACUGAAAUGACAUGUUUCUACAAAGAUAUCGAGACUUUUAUGAAGAGCAUAAAUGUGUUUUGUCCAAAAAGCUUUGAAGCAAUUUUGAAGUCAAUGAAUAUUCAUAAAGAUAGUCCAUUUGUAGUUGAUUUAAGAUUGAAGUUUAUAUGGAAAUCGAAAAACAACUGUUUAAAUCUUGAACAAUUGCUUUACAAAGAAAAAUUGUGUAUAGAAAUGUUGGACUUAGUUCAAAAACUAAGAUUAGGCCAAUGUCGAUUAUUAGGUUUAAUAUCUCUAGAACUUCAGAAAGUUAUUAAAGAAAAAGUUGAUCGUUUCAGAAAGAAGUGGAACACAAAAACAUUGAAUGUCUUCGAAGAACAAAUAAGUAAGCUGAAAGAAAUAUAUUCUAGUAUUCUAGAUGAAGAUGCAAACUUAAACAUCAAUAAUAUCCAAUAACUUUUUUAUUAAAAUAAAGGUAUUGCCACUACAAGUAAUGAAUCUUAAAGUCUUAUGUAGAGUUUUGUAUUUUAAUAAUAAUACAU